UUCUUCUUUUAUUUGUAACAAUUAUUGUUGUUGUUGUUGUUGUAGAGGCAAAAGCGGAAAUUGUUGGACCGACAGUAAAAUAUCUUACUCCCGGAUCUACCCUUAAACUCAUUUGUAAAGUUUUACGAAGCACUGAAGCAACAGCGUACAUUUUCUGGUACCACGAUAAUAGAAUGAUAAAUUACGAUCUCGACAGGGGCAUAAAUGUUUCGUCUGAAGCAGACUCACAUUACUCAGAGCUUACCAUACUUCACACAACAAAAAACCAUUCUGGGAAUUACACGUGCGUUCCAUCAAACUCUCAACCAGCUUCAGUGAUUGUUCACAUUUUCAAAGGAUUAUGUAAACAAGAAAGCGUGGAAAUUGUUCGAGGCAUAAUACAAAAUAAACAUUUGUUCUCAAAGUAUUCUUUGGCUCUUUAUUUCCCAGGUGACGUUGCUGCAAUGUAUCACGAGCAUCGUAGUGGAAGUUCUACAAUGUUUCUUCUCAACAACAGAAUUUUAUCGCCACUCUUACUGACAGCAGGAAUAAGUGUCAUAUUUAUGCGAAAGUUUCUAAUUGUUAUGUAA